AUGGCUGGAAAAAUGGAUUCCAUUAACAUCUCCAGGGCUUCUUCAACAACAAACCUGUUCUAUUUAUUCUUCCAUGGAGGGAAAGCUGCAAUAGUCCCAUUCCUAACACUUUUCUUCAGACUGGUUGGGUUGAACGCCUUCGAAGUCGGCACGGUUAUUGCAGUGAAAACAUUGACUAGUUUGGUAUGGGCGCCAUUAUGGGCCAAAUGCGCCACAGCGUACAGCCGACACAGACUGGUGCUCGUAAUGUCUCUGUUUAUGAUGAUCAUGACAUAUUUAGCUUUUCCUGCACUGUACACCCAGCUUUCCUCAUCAGAACAUUGUUUGCAGGUUUCAAGUAGCAAUCAUUCUGGCUUGCCUCUUGAUGACGCUUCUGCAGCUUUGCCGGACACUGUCAAUCCAACCACACAGAUGUCUGCGGCUACUUCGGGCACAUCGUCAUUCAGUCCCAGCACAGGCAGUGGUAAUAAUUUUGGGCAAACAACUGCACAAAGAAUUCAACAAUCCAUGUUAGAAUCAACCACACCAAGAAUUCAGGAGUCUACAUUAGAAUCAACCACACCAAGGAUUCCGGAAUCUACAUUAGAAGCAGCCACACCUAGAAUUCAAGAAACUACCUUUGAAAUAAACACAGCACAACCAUGGUCAGCUUCAGAAACAAAAUUAACAGAUGCAUCAGUGUUGUCUCCGAGAAAUGGGGAACCAAUCCUGUAUGAGACAUUUUUGGGUAUUUUACAUAAGCUCAACAUCACACUUCAGGAAUAUUUUAAUGCAAAAAUAACGCCACAAGAACUGGCUGAUUUACUUUUAAGUAAUGAUCAAAACUUGCAAAUCACCGAAGAACAGGUGAAAAGAUCUGCUGAUGACCAUGCCAUGAACAGAAGAGAUUGGAUGAGCCAGCUCACAGACAAGCUGCAUACUGUACAGAGUUCCUUAAAGAAUGACAGACUCCUAUUGUUUCUCAUCAUCCUGGGAAUUACAGUCGGGGGCGAAAUCUUUUCCUGUCCAGUGGAGAAAGUAGCAGAUGAUUCCUGGUUUGAUUUUCUUAACAGAAUUGAUGAUCUGGAGAGAUACGGCCAGCAGAGGUUUUGGGGCUCUAUUGCAUUUGUGGUUAUCCCUAUAGUUGUAACUGUAGCCGUCGACUAUACCCCCUGCUUUCUAUUCUACAAUGUUCAUCAUUUCAUGAUCCACUUUUACCUCUUUGCCGUUCUCGCAGGGGGUGCUAUGAUUGCUGCUUGCUGUUAUCCUGUCCCUCCGCCUGCUAAUGGCAAGUAUGCCUCAAAGAUCACCAAAGGGCUUCACAUUAUUUGCUGUGAUGCACGCGGGUUCUUGUUUUCGGUCACUCUGCUGCUUACCGGUAUGGUGUAUGCAUCUCACCACAAUUUUUUAUUCUGGAGAAUUCAAGAUCUCGGUGGUGGUGAAACUCCUAUGGGUCUUUGUGUCUCUUUUAGUGCUUUCGCAGAGAUACCCAUGCUGAUUCUAAGUGGGCGACUUGUGAAGAAAUUAGGUCAGUCUUGGGUGGUGUGCAUUUCUGUGUUUACCCUCAGUGUGCGUGUCUUGUACUAUGCAUUCAUCUCUCAACCCUGGGCUUUUAUUCCAAUGGAGCUGACACAUGGAAUCACGCACACAGCUCUGUGGUUUGCCAUUCUUAGCUAUGAUGAUUUCAAUGUUGGUGCUGCCAUUGAUCGCAGCAUUCGUUCUAUUCUGUCCUCAUUUUAUUUUGGUGUUGGUUUCUCAGCAGGCAGUCUUGUCUCUGGCUACAUCUACUACACCUUUGGUUCAUCAGUUCUCUUCUGGGGCUGCAGUGCUGUAACUAUUGGCUGGUGUUUGUUAUUUUCAGUUAUCCAGAAGUGCUUGCCCCAAAAAGAAAAGGUCCGAUAUAUUAAGUUACUGCGCAGUGAUUCUGAUAAUUCAGAUGAUGAAGAAGAUGAUUGGCUGGAAAUGGCUCUUAAAAAGAGUUAG